CCCACGUGACUGAUAAUUCACGAAGAAGCAAGCUUAUGCUCCAGUCUGUCGUCUUCUUUCAUCAGACUUCGACGCUGCUAACUCUGAGAAUAAAUAACAAAGUUACUUAAUUAUCAACAAACCAAAGCAGCUUUAAAGUUUCUAGCAAAAUGUCUCGGAUAUUAAUUUCGGUAUUGUUAUUGUUACCUUGCUUUGUUAAUUUUAUAAGCGCAUCCUGUCUGCUGCAACCAGCUCCAUUUAUCACGACCUCACCUCGCACUCCUGGAGAUGGCGGCUUCAAGAUAUUAUUAAGUGGAAACAAUUCCAAGUAUAUUCCUAAUACUAUUUAUUCUGUCAGCAUUCGAAGUGAUCCAGCUCUGCUGUUAACAAAUCCGACAGCAAACAUCCCAUCGUUUUCCCGCUUCCGGCUGAUAGUAGACUCCCAGCACUCUCCAAACAGCCCGGUAUCAAAAGUCGGUUCAUUUCAGCUCUACCCGGACGGCUUAACGUCAUUCGACGAGGACUGUAUUAACACAGUAAUCGAGUCUGUCGAUUACCCGAAGUCGGAGGUCCAGGUGAUGUGGAGAUCGCCUCCAGUGGGCUCGGGGUGUGUCAUUUUUACAGCGAUGGUGAUGACAAGUCCCUCUGUUUGGCACGCCGCGGAUGGAAAACUGGUCAAGCAUUUCUGCGAAGCAAGUAGUGAUGACAUUACUAGCUCCGACGACCAACUUUGCUGUGCUUGUGAUGAGGCCAAGUAUUCUCUAAUCAUGGAGGGAAUUUGGUCGAAAACAACGCAUCCCAAGGACUUCCCCUUCUCGGCUUGGCUGACGCACUUUAGUGACCUAAUUGGAGCUUCUCACGAGCCUUCUUUUUCAUUCUGGGGAGCUGAUCACAUCGCAACCGACGGAUUUCGGCAAUUGGCCGAGUGGGGCUCAGCUUCUGGAUUGGAGGCUGAGUUGAGGGCCAAGUCCCAGUAUUUGAGGACUCUGGUUAAAGCUGCGGGGCUUUGGUACCCAAAUGUCAAUACCAAUACUACCACCAGUUUUCGGGUUGACAAAAAACACCCGUUGUUGUCAGUCACUUCGAUGCUGGGACCAAGUCCUGACUGGGUGGUAGGAGUAAGUAAGUUGAACCUCUGCGAGCGCGACUGCAGCUGGAAAAAAAGUCUCAUUAUAGACUUGUACCCCUGGGACGCGGGAACAGACAACGGAAUCACCUAUAUGUCACCCAAUUCCGAGACGAAACCCAGGGAGAAGAUGAAGCCUAUCACAACCUUAUACCCAGAGGAUCCCAGAAGCCCGUUUUAUGACGCGACCGGAAAACCAAUGCGGCCCCUUGCUAGAUUAUACAUCAAUAGGGAGAAAAUAAUUGAACGGGGGUGUGAUGAAAAACUCAAGGAACAGAUUGCUGAGUUUGAAGUCGCUGAGAAUACCGAAGACACUUCGCGACCUGAAUGCGCUACGACGGAAUACUCUGCAUGGUCUUCUUGUUCAGUAACUUGCGGUAAAGGGCUGAGGAUGCGGACGCGCUCGUACUUAAUGCCAGAAAAAGCUCAAAUGUUUAAUUGUAAUAGACAAUUAGUUUCUAAAGAAAUGUGUGUUGCUAGUGUUCCAGAGUGUUCCGACGAAGAAGACGAUAAUGAGAACGACAACCUAGCGGGAGUAGACCCAGUCUUUUGCGAAGUAACUGAUUGGUCCGAAUGGUCAGAAUGUUCAUCUACCUGCGGGAUAGGCUUCAGAAUGAAGACCCGGAAGUUCCUCAACAAAAUGGGCCGCAAGAAGUGCCCGCUUGUGCCGGUAGUUGACAAGGAAAAAUGUAUGGGUCCACCAUGUCCUUCUGGAAGCGAACUAAUCGACCCAACGUGUCCAGUCACAGAUUGGUCGGACUGGUCCCCCUGCAGCGCUAGUUGCGGCAAGGGAGUCAAAAUUAGAACGCGACUCCUGAUGGUCGACCCCUCGCGCCAAGAAGAGUGUUCUGCUAAAGUGGAGCACAUCCAGCAGCGCUCUUGUCUGGUCCAGGCUGAUUGUACCUUCGACAUGGCCACCGCGAAGGUCGUUUGCAUGGAAGAAGCCGAUGUUGGUCCUUGUCGCGGAUAUUUCCAGCGCUGGGCUUUCGAUCCUAAGAAACUCACUUGUAUGUCUUUUGGCUACGGAGGCUGUCGCGGAAAUCGCAACAAUUUCUUGACUUUUGAAGAGUGCUCAAGCACUUGUGGAAUUGUCAAAGCUGCACUGACUGGCCAGGAACCUUCUGGGCAGUCUGUCAAUUCUCAGCCUCCGCCGAUUGAUUGUAUGGUUUCUGAGUGGUCACCAUGGUCGCCUUGUAGUGUUACCUGUGGGUCUGGAAAAUUAACGAGCUUUAGAAUGAUAAAGCGACAACCAGAAAAUGGCGGGCGUCCUUGCCCAAGAAAGCUCAAUCGGCGCGCAAGAUGUCAGCUUGCUCCUUGUGAAUAAUUAUUAAUUAAUAACUAAAAUUACAAAUCUCUUGUCAAAUACUUAAGAAAAAAAAAUACUUAAUUUUCCACAAAAUAAAUAAGCCAUAAUUACUUUUAAAUAGUUAAUAAUAAUUUUUUAUUGUAAUAAUAAUAAUUACAAUUCUUUAUGAUAUUAAUAUAAUAAAACGCGACAAUCUGCGGUUCGACAUUGUGCGUUAGUUUGUAUUUUUUUUAGAUAACUAAUUUUAAUCUCUAAUUGGAAUACAAUUAAUAUACCUGGCGGUUCUUGGUCGCGACGACAACGUCUCACCCACCAGGCUUAAAUAAGUAUCUGUUAUUAAUAAUUUUAUUUCUAUUUAAAUGAUUUUUCAACAAUUCUUACAUCAUCGUCUAACUCGUUCUACUCGACGUUAAUCUAGUAAUCGACAAUUAUUUUCUUCGGUGAUUUUUAAUAAUAAACAAAAAAUUAAUUAUAA